ACGCUUUCCUUCCGGGAAGCGGAAAAAAUGAGCUGUCGCCGCGGAGACGAGGAGGAGGGCGGGAGACGCCCCCGUCCACCCGCAUUUCUGCAAACGGGUCACGAGCGGCAACAGGCGGGACGUUGUGUGAAAAUUCAGCAGCGCGGAAUGCGGCAGACGCGAGCGGGAAAGGCUCUCUCGACCACGCGUCUCGUCUGGGAUCGAGCGGGCGUUUGCGGGAUGCCAUGCUGAGAGGAAGGCCGGCGCUCCUCACCCUUUGGUGCCUGGCCUGCCUGGCUUGCCUGCUGCGCGAGCAGGCGCGCGCCUUCAGCCGGGACGCCCUGCGCCAGGUGGAGACCCUCCGCCGGCAGGACGCAGCUUCGUGCCCAGGCUGCAAGUUGUACACCCCGAGCGUCACCGACUACACGAUGUGUCCCAGAGACACCCUGAAAUGCUUCUCGGCGGAAGUCCGAGUUCUCCUCGCCGAGUGGGAAGGGAGUCAGCGUCCGGGUUUGGAGCGGGCCCUGGAGUCCUUUGCGGACCACCUCGGCCACAGCGGCCGGCAGUGCGCUCCGUGCGAGCUCCACCCAGAAGAAGACGUCCCGCGCUUUCUGGAGCAACUUUACAAAACUCUGCAGGCCUUCAACAACUUGGAGCACCGCAAGGACCCCACCGGACCGGUUUAGGCUUCGUCUGAGGAAAGCUGCCCCCUGCCGGCCAGUAGGAACUUUUUUCUUUUUUUAAAUCAAGUUGCAGCUUGAGAGCAGCAUUUGGUUUCCCUCUUUUUCUUCUUCUUUUUUUCAUCGUGACUCUUUUGCUGUGGUUUUUUUCUCCCUCUCAUCUUUGUGUGACAUGCUGAUGUUGCGCUUUGGACCGAUUGGAAUGCAAUUUUUGGAUUUUUUCAGUCUUCCCACGCAACGGUUGCAUCCGCAGCCGUUGACGAUCUGACAACGUGUUGUUGGAGCAACAUCGAAAAUGAUUGAUGUCUGCUCGGACAAAGGAAGGACCAAACCCCCGCCCCCGCCCCCGCCCUUUUUCGCCUGUCUGUCUCCGACGAGAAAUUCUCUCCAUAAAGGUUCCGAACAGAGUCGGCGACAAAGGGCACCAGAAACGAGUCCCACUUCCUGGCGGCAAUGCGGACCAAACUCUGACACCGGCCAAACGGCCCGUACCAGGGGCCACCACACCCCCCACUCCCAAAGCACCAGUCAAACGGCUUCUCCAAGUCCACAAAAUACACGUAGACGGGUUGCACCCUCGAGGAUCCUGCCGAGGGCGUAGAGCCGGUCCGCUGGUCCGCGGCCAGGGCGAAAACCGCAUUGCUCUUCGUGAAUCGGACUUUCAACUUCCCUUUUCACGGUCGUCGGCCCCCAGCAGAAUGAUGGGAGUCACCGGUGGGGGGGGGCACUCUCCCCCCCCAGCGCCCCCUCUGAGGACUCCAAAAAGGGGUUCGUUUGUUCCAAGUGCACAGACAACAGUCCGGACCCAACCCCGCACCGAAGGCAGAGGGGGCCGACCGACGUACUGGCACCGAGCUGGGGGGCAAUAAGAAUAGCCGCAGCUGAACCCACGUGACCAGUCGCCAGACGGGGGUCCCGGUGAGCCGCUCUCAGGCCGGGGAACGCAAAAUGACGUCGAAGGGUUCUGAUGUCUCUUGAGGAUUCUUUAAGUUCAUCUCAUUUGUCUUCAUUUAUCACUUGUUUGCACCUUCUUUUUUUUGGAGAAAUCACAUAAACCCAAUUUUUAUGUAUUCCGAGUCAGCAUUUUUCUCAAAUGACCCCUCCGUACAGGGCACUUAACCGCGCCUCCCGAAGUGACGUCACGCCACGUGCGCUCACGUAAGACAAACAAUUGGUAAA